AUGGCCUUCAAGAUUAGUAAACGGCAUAUAGAUGAAUUUGAGUGGAGAUGCAUGCAAUAUGCAUGUAUCAAAUAUCAAACCACUCUGUCUAUAAGAUAUGGUUCAAUUCUUUCAUCAUUUAGAAUUAAUUUUAAAACUAUUCUGAAGGCCAUCUAUUAUUUUUCAUUAGAUCUUGAGUUACAGUUAUUAUAG